UUAUCUACCAGAAAUUCGUACGCAUCCGCAAAGUCGACACUUCUUUCGAAUGUUGCUAAUCCAUCACGUGACUUCGCAAGGAUCAUAUGGUUCCCCACACUUGGGUUAAGGAUGCGGAUGCAAUGCGGAGCCGCAGGAGGAGGGGGUUUGAGAAGUCUGCGGUAUUCUACCUUUGUACGAAGGGCAAAAAGUUCCGACCAAUCCAUCGUAGAGGCCGCUAAUUCCUCCUCUCCUCUUGCUUACCUCCGCAUGCGUCGUCGCUUACCCGCAAUCCAGGAACCCCUCAUCUUAUGCGCAGUGUCGGUUCCGACUCCAUGUUACGCUCUUAUCUGGGCGCAUGAGUGUUUCGAUACCUCAACGUGUUUGGUCAUGAGAGUCGAGGUUUGAGAGUCGACCGAACGUGGAAUACACUCUUCGGCGCCAUUAGCUAGACUAGUAAGCAUCAAAUACGAACCAUUAU